CUCCACGCUGUCCCCGCGCGGCCAUGGCGGACGGGCCGGCCCCGAAGCGGCGGCGGGAAGAGGCCGAGGCGGCCCCGGGCCCCGCCGCCCCGUUCCCGUUGGGCUCCGUGCGGCUGCGGCGGCUGCUGCGGGACUCGGCGCGUGAGAAGGCGGCCUUCGUGCACGGCCAGGUGGUCGGGCCGGCGGGGGAGGAGACGGACGCCGUGCUGAUCCUGGAGAAGACCCCGUUCCAGGAGGAGAAGAUCGAGGAGCUGCUGAGGACGCACACCAGGCUGGAGCUGCAGAUGCGCAACGACAUUUACAGCACGUACCGCCUCUACCCGCCCCCCGCGCUGAGCGAGAUAAAAGCCACAGUGGUGUACCCUGCCACAGAGAAACACCUUCAGAAGUAUCUUCGUCAGGAAGUGCACCUCAUCCGUGAAACCUGGGAGGACUACAAGAACAUAACACUGCCCUUCAUCCAGUCCCAGAGCUUCAGCAUCCAGUGGGUGUAUAACAUCCUGGAGAAGAAAGCUGAGGCUGAUCGAAUCGUCCAUGAAAACCCAGACCCUUGCAAUGGCUUUGUUCUAGUUCCAGAUUUGAAGUGGAAUCAAAACCAGCUCGAAGACCUCUACCUGAUAGCCCUCAUUCACCGCCGCGAUGUGAAGUCUCUCCGGGACCUCACAGCAGAGCACCUGCCUUUGCUGAGGAACAUCCUGCAGGAGGGCAAGGAAGCCAUAACAAAACGCUUCGGUGUGCCCGGAUCCCAGCUCCGCAUCUACCUGCACUACCAGCCCUCCUACUACCACCUGCACGUGCAUUUCACUGCCCUGGGCUACGACGCUCCGGGCAUCUCUGCUGAGAGAGCCCACCUGCUGGAGGACGUCAUUGACAACCUGCUCCUGGAUGCUCAGUACUACCAGAAGCGGGCGCUGACCUUCGCCCUGCGGGCUGACGAACCUCUGCUGAAGAAAUUCCAGGAGGCAGGAAGAGUAAACGUUUCCUAGCGGGGGAGAGGCGCUGUGCAGCGCUGCCGACCGACGGCCUUUGUCCCCUCCGUCCCCUCUCCGGCGCAUCCCGCAGCGCUGCCCAUGGGAUGAGGGCACUUCUUCACCUCCUGUGACGCCCUGCAGCGACCCGGCUUCUUCGGGAGCCACAGCCGGUGCCGUGGUGUCACCGUGCCGUCACACCGUGACCGCUCCAUCGCGCUGCUGAGCCAGCUUUAAGCCACCCACCGCAAUGCCAUCGUGCUGCCGUUGUGUCACCGCGCUGGCACGGAGCUGAGGACCGGCCGGCUCGGCGCUCCUCGAGCACUGCGCCUCGGGAGCGUGGUAAAAACAGACAUUUGGGAUGCAUUAUUAUUGCUGGAGUUUUAUUGAACGCCGUUUAUUGUUUUCAGAUGCAAUAAACCUAGCGGGGGAACCCGAGAGACUGA